GAGUCAGGGAACCAGUCUACGAGCACCACAGUUCUAGUUACAAUUUGCAAAGUUUGUUUGUGCUGACAGUGCUGGAGAGUGUAGUUUUAUUUCGUUUAUUUGGAGCAUGAUGAUGGAGGGAGUGGCAUUAGGUCAAGUUGAAAGAAAUAUGCUUUUAACCAAGGAGACUGAUGGUCACUGAUGCCUAUAGGAUAUACAUGUACUACUCAGUCUCCUGCGUGCCAUAGCUACUGUAAAUGUUGAAGGCUGUGAAAACAACCAGAAUGUCAGUACACGUGACCUUCCAAGUGUCAGUUGAAACCACAUCAUGCGAUAUUGUAUGCGUGACUGGUUCAGUUAAAGAGCUUGGAGAGUGGGCACCUCCUCUUGCUUUUAGACUUUCUAGGAAGGAGGACAGUGAUUUAUGGACCGGUACACUAGAUCUGAUCGACUGUCCAAGUGUAGAGUAUCGCUACAUGAUAGCGUCAUUUGGUGAAGUAGAAAGUGAAGUUAUUGUGAAAAGAUGGGAAACAAACAUUAAACCAAGACAUCUCAUAGUGUCAGCCGGUUGCCAAAGUGAGGUGGCCACGUUUGGUGAAUACAAUGAUAGAGAGAGCAUUGGGUAUGGAUGGCUUAUCAGUCACUCUGAGAUCCGACUAACUCUCAAGAACAACCCAAUUAAGAUGUGGAAGAAGAAAUAUCAGAGGAUGAAGUAUCAGGUUAAAGUCACACAAAUCGACCUGCGGCACAAAGACAGCUCCUCUAGUAACUUACUCGAUACAGAGGAUGAUGAGGAACAAGUAGAUAGUGGCACUGGUGGAACUUUACCAAGCAUCACUGACCAGCAGACAGAGAUUGCAGUGCUCACGUGUCCUGAUGACUAUGAAUUUCGGGAACAAAAUCAAUUUGGACAUGUCUACAAUGAUGAUGACAUCAUUGUAUUCCGAUGUACCACAUUUCAUCUACUCUUUACGGCACUUCAGGUUGAUUUCUACUCGUGCAGUGAUGAGGAUACGGAGUCUGUUCCGGAGUUCAAAGGCUUUGCAUACAUCCUGCCUGUGAACAUGCGUCACCUGAAUGGUUGUAGAUUCAUUCCCAUCACUGGACUUAGACACUCUAAUAUUGGCCAACUAGAAGUGGAGUACCUCGUCAUUAAACCGACAGAAGGGAUCACUUUCAACAUGGAGGUCUCUUAUAACCAGUACUGGAAGCGGCGUUGGCGCCCUCUAGAUGUUGGUCACCGGGGCAUGGGUUCCUACUACAAUAAGAAGCGGAUUGCUGUGGCCAGGGAGAAUACGAUUGCAUCGUUGAACUAUGCAGGGAAACAUGGAGCUGACUUUGUAGAAUUUGAUGUGCAAUUGUCCAAAGACAUGGUGCCUGUUAUCUACCAUGACUUUUCUGUUUUCAUCUCCAUGAUGCGAAGAAGCACAAAGAAAGAGAUGCUGGAUGAACUGUAUGAGAUUCCUGUCAAAGACCUUAGUGUUUAUCGACUGCAGCGGCUCAAGAUGAGAAAUGCACAGGAUCAACAGGUUCUGGAUGUUGAUGAAACUGAUGUUGAGGCUUUGGUGAGACGGAGCUCAAGCGCAACAACGAUAGAUGACUGGCAGCCCUUUCCCACCCUCGAGGAGGCACUGAAUCGCGUCAACUCACACGUCGGUUUUAACGUUGAGGUCAAGUACCCGAUGCGGAACAUGGAUGGCACGACUGAGCUAGAUUCAGUCUAUUUCGAGAAAAACGAGUUUGUCGACAGGAUCGUGACGGUCGUGUUCACCCACGCUGCUAACCGUAGGAUCGUCUUCUCAUCAUUUGAUCCGGACACCUGCAUCAUGUUGCAGCUGAAGCAGAAUAAGUAUCCCGUGAUGCUAUUGUCGCAGGGAGCGCACGGAAACCAUGUUGGCUAUGAAGAUGUUCGCGCGCGAAGCCCUGAAGUCUGCAUCCGACUGGUCAAGUGCGAAAAGCUACUGGGUGUGUGCAUGUAUGCUGGUGACAUAAUAAGGUUGCCACAACUGGUUACGCUGUCCAAGAAUCUAGGCUUGGUCAUGUUUACUUGGGGAGUAGAGGAGAAUGAGGAGAUACUCAAUGUCAAGAAGCUCGGUGUGGAUGCCGUCAUAUUUGAUAGGAUCAAUGAGUAUCACACCGGUGUGUCGCAAGAGAAUAUCUUCUUCGCUGAGGAGAAGAAUCGCAUGCAGAGUAAGCUGCAGGAACGUGGCCAGUUAAGACGAUGCUCUGUCAUAACCACGUUGGCGGACGGCACUGUGACCGUAACACCAUCUGCAGUAGGCGUCGAAGGAGCUACAAUGCAGCCAAUGCCACCGCCUGAGAAGAGAUUCAGUUCGGCAUCUCCAGCGACCGCUUGUGUAGGUGAAAGUAGUAGGGUUAAUGAGGCGACGCCAGCCAGUGUAAAUGAUAGUGAGGUGCAUCCAUUUGCCAUUGCAAAAGAUUAACUUGGGGAUGUUGUAUCGUCGGUUUCUGGCAUACAAAGAAAAUAAGAGUGGGACAAUGAAUAA